GCCGUGUCGGUGUCCGUCCGAUAACCUAGAAAUGGCCGCGGUGCGCAAAUUCGCCCGGUUGACGGCGGGCCUGCCGAGCGAGCGCUGCCUCGUCGGCCGGAGCGGCGGCCGCGCGCCGUUCUGCACGAUGGUGCAGCAGCCGCAGAGGACGCACGGCCUGGCGAAGCUCGGGCUGAUCGGCGCGGCUGCCGGCGUCGCGGCGGGCGCGGCAUACGCCUACUACAGGAUCAGCGAGGCGCGGAGGAACAUCGCCCUGGAGGGCACGCAGCUGGAGACCGCGCUGCUGCAGCACAAGCCGCCCGUCGCUCCGUCCCGGAAGGUCGUGUCCCCGGUGGACGCCACCGGCCUGAAGCUCACGUUGUUCCAGUAUCAGACGUGUCCCUUCUGCUGCAAGGUGAGAGUAUUCUUGGAUUAUUACGGGAUAUCGUACGACAUCGUGGAGGUGGAUCCGGUGCUCCGCAAAGAGAUCGGAUGGUCCUCGUACAAGAAGGUCCCGAUUCUCCUGACCAAAGUGGACGGGGGCUACCAGCCGUUGAACGACAGCACCAUGAUAGUGUCGCUUCUCGCCUCUCAUCUGCACAACAGGUCUUACGCGAUCGAGGAGCUGGCCAAUUAUUAUCCCAGCAUAGGCGUGCACGACGAGCACGGCAAAUUCAAAUACGAGAUCAUAAAUAAGUAUUUCCUCAUGUUCAAUAAGCAGCUUCCGAAGAACAGAUCGAUGAACGAUAUUACCGAGGAGCGCAAUUGGCGGAAAUGGGCGGACGAGGUGUUCGUCCACACUCUGUCGCCAAAUGUCUACAGAACGCUCGACGAAUCCUACAAAACCUUCAAUUGGUUCUCGGAAGUCGGCAAGUGGGAGGAGUACUUCCCAGCGUGGGAGCGACUGUUGAUAGUGAACGUGGGUGCGACGGCGAUGUGGCUGAUCGGGAAGAGGCUUAAGAAGCGGCACCGUCUAAAAGACGACGUGCGACUGUCGUUGUACGACGAGGCGAAUUACUGGCUGCGCGCCAUCAAGACGCGCGGCACCACGUUCAUGGGUGGCAGCAAGCCCAAUCUGUCCGACCUCGCGGUUUACGGCAUCCUGAAGAGCAUCGAGGGCUGCGACGCCUUCCAGGAUUUGCUGAGCAACACGAAUAUCGGCGUUUGGUACGACGCUAUGAAGGAGCAAGUGGAUACACAUUCUGGUAGCGACAGUUUGAGCAGAUAAUACAUUGAUUCCCACGUGUAUAGAGUUAUUUAUUUACAUAAUAAAGUAGGCAGAGGAAAUCCAU